ACUAACAGUUCACAGGUUGGGUGCUCAGACUCUCAUUCGCUCCCUGGAGAUGGAGGAGAGAGAGCACAGAGGACAGCAAGAUGGAGGAGUGAAGGAGAAGGUGGUGCAGCUCAGUGUCGAAUCAGGAGUGAGCAGUUCGUUCACUGCCUUCAUUGCUGUCAACAAAGACAACAGUGAAGUGAUUCAGGGACCUCUUGUGCGCAGAAAUAUUGCAACAGCCCUGUUUCUUUUGGCUCCAAUUGGUUGUGCGGUCAGGGCUACUCCAUCCACGAUUAGUAAGUAGAAGCUGAGUGACAACACACAUCUACACACAUGUGCAUUUCUAAAAUAAAAACAAAGAA